CUACAUAACUUGUGGGUAAAAUGAAGAACAUUUGUUUGAGGACAUCCCUUUGGCUCAAUCGGUGGUAACGACCUUCUCCAAUCGUAUCGAAAUGAAUCUAAAUAGCUGCCAUAUGCUUGUCAGUGUCAAGUCGUGUAGACAUCACAGACUCCGUUCUUAAAUGGUCAAUCUCAGCUACAAAAAAUCUUCGAUUAUGCAGUGCCAGAUUGAACAGCUUGCAAAAUUGAUGCAAAAGGUUUGAAACCUACGCAAAAUCACUCAUGUCACGGCUACUCUUUCGAAAUCUCCCUCUCAAGACUUCAGCUACCCACAAAUUUCUUAGAACUUUACAAACCCUACAAACCCCAUCAAAUGGAGAACCGGUUUCGUUCAUGGUGGAGAAGAUUCUGUUCAGUUUAAAGCAAGGUAAUGCGAACUCUUUGCAUAAUUAUCGAUUUCGAAUAAACCCGUUGAUCGUCGUUGAGGUUCUUUUGCACUGCCGUGAGAAUUUGCAAUUGGGUAAAAGAUUUGUUGAUUUUAUUGUGCUUAAUUGCUCGAAUUUUAAGCAUUCUUCGAUGUCCUUAAGUGCAAUGAUUCAUGUUCUUGUGAGAUGUGGAAGGUUGUCUGAUGCACAGGCUUUGGUUCUUAGGAUGGUUAGGAAAAGUGGGGUUUCACGUGUUGAAAUUGUGGAGUCUUUGGUUUCCACAUGUGGAAAUUUUGGGUCAAAUGAUUCUGUUUUUGAUUUGUUAAUUAGGUCUUAUGUGCAAGCUAGGAAGUUAAGAGAAGGAUCCGAGGCCUUUAUGAUUUUGAGAAGUAAAGGUUUUUGUGUUUCUAUUAAUGCCUGUAAUAGUCUUCUUGGUGGAUUAGUGAAGGUUGGAUGGGUUGAUUUGGCUUGGCAAGUGUAUAAUGAAGUUGUUAGAGCUGGGGUUGAGUUAAAUGUUUAUACAUUAAAUAUUAUGGUUAAUGCUUUGUGUAAAGAUGGAAAGAUCAGUUGUAUUAAAUCUCUUUUAUCAGAAAUGAAAGAGAAGGGAAUUUAUUCUGAUAUUGUGACAUACAAUACAAUGAUUAAUGCGUAUUGCCGUGAAGGGCAUUUGGAAGAAGCCUUUGGGUUGAUGAAAUCCAUGUCAAAUAAAGGGUUGAAACCAGGCCUUUUUACUUAUAAUUCAAUUGUGUAUGGUUUAUGCAAGAGAGGGAACUUUGAAAGAGCAAAAGAAAUUUUAAAUGAGAUGCUACGGAUAGGGUUGAGUCCUGAUACUACUACCUAUAAUACUUUGCUUGUUGAGAGUUGCAGAAAAAAUAAUAUAUCAGAAGCAGAAGACAUUUUCAAUGAAAUGUUGCAUCGAGGUGUUAUUCCGGAUUUGGUUAGCUUUAGUUCACUUAUUGGGGUAUUUUGUAGAAAUAGACAUCUUGAUCAGGCAUUAGACUAUUUUAAUAAUAUGAAGAGAGCUGGCUUGGUUCCAGAUAAUGUAAUUUAUACUAUUCUUAUAGAUGGGUAUUGCAGAAAUCAUGCGAUGUUGGAAGCUUUGAAGAUCAGGGAUGAAAUGCUAGAAAAGGGAUGUAAUAUGGAUGUUGUUACUUACAAUACCAUUUUGAAUGGGUUGUGCAAGGAGAAGAUGCUCACUGAAGCAGACAAUCUAUUGCAUGAGAUGACAGAAAGGGGUGUUUUUCCUGAUUUUUAUACUUUCACAACACUCAUCCAUGGACAUUGUAAGGAUGGAAAUAUGAAUAAAGCUCUAAACUUGUUUGAUGCAAUGACUCAAAGGAAUAUUAAGCCAGACAUUGUGACAUACAACACCUUAAUUGACGGGUUCUGCAAGGUAGAUGAAAUUGAGAAGGCCAAGCAGCUCUGGGCUGGUAUGAUUUCUAGAAAGAUUAUUCCUAAUCACAUUUCUUAUGGAACUUUGAUAAACGGGUUUUGCAGCAUUGGUCAUGUUCCGGAGGCAUUCAGGUUGUGGGAUGAAAUGGUAGGGAAGGGUAUUAAGCCCACUCUUGUGAUUUGUAAUAGCAUCAUAAAGGGCUAUUGUCGAUCAGGUGAUACGUCAAGAGCUGAUAAGUUUCUAUCCAAGAUGACUGCAGAAGGAAUUGUUCCAGAUAGCAUUACAUAUAACACUUUUAUCAAUGGAUUUGUCAAAGAAGAGAAUAUGGACAAAGCUUUUCUCUGGAUUAACAAGAUGGAGAAUCAAGGGCUUUCUCCUGAUGCUAUUACAUACAAUGUAAUUCUAAGUGGGUUUUGUAGAGAGGGUAGAAUGCAAGAAGCUGAAAUGGUAUUAAGGAAGAUGAUUGAGAAAGGCAUAGAUCCUGAUAGGUCUACAUACACAUCACUCAUAAAUGGACAUGUUAGCCAGGACAACUUAAAGGAGGCAUUUCGGUUUCAUGAUGAAAUGGUACGAAUGGGAUUUGUGCCUGAUGAUAAAUUUUAGUCAUCCUUUCUUAUAUCUUGAAGGACUGAGUUAAUAUGUUGUGUGCCAAACAUACACCAAAGGUUGCUGCUAUACGGUCCAUCUGAUGAUUGUAAAGUCUUAAGGUCUAAGCAUUAACCAGAAGCGCCUUGAAGCAGAUAUCGGAAUCUCACACUAGGGUUGAUUCGUAUGUUAUUCAGGUGGGAGUUUGAGAAUUGAGAUAGUGAAGUUAAUGCAUUUAUUUAGCAUGCAGGAGACAUUGGAUCAAGGAGUGAGCUAAUUGUUGCCUUUAAUACUUUUUCAACUCAACUAUAUAUUCGUUCUGAAAGUAAGGGUGUGUGUCAUGGCUGUACAUAUCUUUUUACAAUUACUUUUAACUAAAAUUGCUUGUUUACAUAUAUGUGAAAAUCUUGAUACAUUUGAAAAUUGGGAACAAAAUUAGUGCGAAAGCUUUAAAACCAAGUAAAA